GCCGCCGCCGCGAGCACUGCCUGCGCACUUCCGGCCUCGCGCCGCGAGCACUUCCGGGGCAGGGCGCGCGGGGGCGCGCACGUGGGGGCCGGGGCGGAGGGAAGCGGGCGCCCGGCGGCGGGAAUGGGUGAAUUUAAAGUCCAUCGAGUUCGCUUCUUUAAUUAUGUUCCAUCAGGGAUCCGCUGUGUGGCUUACAAUAACCAGUCAAACAGACUGGCUGUUUCAAGAACAGAUGGCACUGUGGAAAUAUAUAACUUGUCAGCAAACUACUUUCAGGAGAAAUUUUUCCCAGGUCAUGAGUCUCGAGCUACAGAAGCUUUGUGUUGGGCAAAAGGACAGCGACUCUUUAGUGCUGGACUCAACGGAGAGAUUAUCGAGUAUGAUUUGCAGGCCUUAGACAUCAAGUAUUCUAUGGAUGCCUUUGGAGGACCCAUUUGGAGUAUGGCUGCCAGCCCCAGUGGCUCUCAACUUCUGGUUGGUUGUGAAGAUGGAUCUGUAAAACUAUUUCAAAUCAACCCAGACAAAAUCCAGUUUGAAAGAAAUUUUGAUCGGCAGAAAAGUCGCAUCCUGAGUCUCAGCUGGCAUCCCUCUGGCACCCACAUUGCAGCUGGCUCCAUAGACUACAUUAGUGUGUUUGACAUCAAAUCAGGAAGCGCUGUUCAUAAGAUGCUGGUGGAUAGGCAGUACAUGGGUGUGUCUAAGCGGAAGUGUAUCAUAUGGGGUGUGGCCUUCCUGUCGGAUGGCACUGUCAUCAGUGUGGACUCUGCUGGAAAGGUGCAGUUCUGGGACUCGGCUACUGGGACGCUUGUGAAGACCCAUCUCGUUGCAAACGCUGACGUGCAGUCCAUUGCUGUCUCAGAUCAAGAAGACAGUUUCGUGGUGGGCACAGCCGAGGGGACAGUAUUCCAUUUUCAGCUGGUCUCUGUGACUUCCAACAGCAGCGAGAAGCAGUGGGUACGGACAAAGCCAUUCCAGCAUCACACACACGACGUGCGGACCGUGGCCCACAGCCCGACAGCAUUGAUAUCGGGAGGCACUGACACCCACUUAGUCAUUCGUCCUCUCAUGGAGAAAGUGGAGGUAAAGAACUACGAUGCUGCUCUCCGAAAAAUCACUUUUCCCCAUCGACGUCUCAUUUCCUGUUCAAAAAAGAGACAGCUGCUCCUCUUCCAGUUUUCUCAUCACUUGGAUCUUUGGCGACUGGGAUCUACAGUUGCAACAGGAGGAAAAACCUCAGGGAAAUUUCUUGUUCCAGGAAAGCAUGGGGAUACCCUUCCACUCUCCAAAGAUGCAGAUCAUUUACUGCAGCUCAAAACAAAGGGGCCCGAGAACAUUAUUUGCAGCUGUGUAUCCCCAUGUGGAAGUUGGAUAGCGUAUUCUACAGCGUCUCGGUUUUUUCUCCGUCGGUUGAAUUACGAACAUGACAACCUAAGCCUCCACAGGGUUUCCAAAAUGCCAGCGUGCCUUCGUUCUGCUGUUCAGAUUAUGUUUUCUGAAGAUUCAACAAAGCUCUUUGUGGCUUCAAAUCAAGGAUCGCUGCAUAUCCUUCGGCUGUUGGAAGGAAGCUUCAAGCACCUGCACACUUUCCAGGCUCAGUCAGGGACAGUGGAGUCCAUGUGUCUGUUGGCCGUCAGUCCAGACGGGAAUUGGUUAGCUGCAUCCGGCACCAGUGCUGGCGUCCAUGUGUACAGUGUGAAACGUCUGAAGCUUCACUGCACAGUUCCUGCUUACAAUUUCCCUGUGACUGCUCUGGCCAUAGCCCCCAAAACCAACAACCUUGUCAUCGCUCAUUCUGACCAGCAGAUAUUUGAAUACAGCAUCCCAGACAAGCAGUAUACAGAGUGGAGCCGGGCCAUCCAGAAGCAGGGGUUUCAUCACCAUUGGCUCCAAAGGGAUACUCCCAUCACCCACAUCGGUUUUCAUCCCAAGAGACCAGCGCACAUUCUUCUCCACGACGCCUACAUGUUCUGCAUCAUCGACAAGUCCUUGCCUCUUCCAAAUGACAAGACCUUACUGUACAAUCCACUUCCUCCCACGAAUGAAUCAGAUGUCAUCAGGAGGCGCACAGCCCAUGCCUUUAAAAUUUCUAAGAAAUAUAAGCCUCUACUCUUCAUGGAUCUUUUGGAUGAAGGAACACUGGUGGCAGUAGAACGGCCCCUGGAUGACAUCAUCGCUCAACUCCCACCACCCAUCAAAAAGAAGAAAUUUGGGACCUAAGAUAGGGCACUGUCUGUGUCCUCCCUUGAACUGCCCUUUCCUAUUUGUUUUCACAAAUCACGUUAAUAAAAAAAUGUUAUUCUUUA